UUUCCUUAUUGCCUCGCCACCUAUACACAAAAACAACUCUCACUGUUCUUCCUGAAUCCUCUGUGAAAAAGACAACGACAGCCAAUGAUCUUCUUCCUGGAGUGUACAGGGGUAUUACAUCCCGAGAUACUCAAUUUACCGUUCUACCCCUUACUAAAGAUUUAAACGCGUCACCUUCUUCCGCCAUGCGCCUUUCAAGCCAAGCAAUCUUCCAUUUUCCAUUUCUUCCCGUUCUCUCAAGAAAGCGGAACAGAAAAUACGAGAGAAAAUGGUUAUUCGUUUCUUCAUUUCUUGAGCUUGAUCUUGCAUAGAAGUGAAGUUAGUUAGCCUCAUUAUUAGUUUUUGUCUUUUUUGUUUCGAUGUCUCUGUUCGGUUCUUCUUGUCCGUUGAUUUCUCCCCUAACGGCGCCCAAUUCGAGCCAUUGAUCUGUCUCCAAUUCUGUCAUUUCAUGAAGUUUGCCAGUGAAUGCUUCGUUUCCACUUCCGUGGAAUUCUCUUAAUCACGGCCUCCUCUCCCUCUUUAUAUCAGUUGCUUGUAGCGAUUUGAGGCUGAAGAGGAACUCUAAUGGGGAAAGAUAAUGAUAAUAAAAGUGUUUUUCCUUUAACAAGUCUCCAAAUUGGAGAUUUGCAGUCUUAUCUUUCAGAUCUUAGCCUCUUUUUGGCAUUUGAAAGUAACAAAAUAUACAUUUUGGUGGACAAUCGACCAUGGCUGGUGGACCUAGGUUCACGGCCAACACACUUGUGGCAAUUAAUGGUUACCAAGUCCAGAUUAUCUCCCUUUGCAAACAGGAAAGCACAGAGGCAGAGAAAGGAAGGGAAGGACAGUUCUUCCACACCCGGUGCUAGUAAAUUAGAAAAGUUGAAGAGGUGGUUUUCAUUAAUUGAUGCUGCAACUCUGUCUCAAAAGAGGGCUUUGCUACCUGUUAAGACGCUUAGAAGCCAUUUGCUUUUAAACAGCGAGUUACAUAGGACCUUGUAUGGUUUUAUUGUAUUUGAAGUUUCAUGGACUGAUGUUAGAGGCAUUAACUAUUUAAAUGAACUUCAGACUGAUACCUCUUUGGCCAUAGAAGCUAAAUUUAUGCGAAGAUGGGAAUUUGAUAGCAUAGCCCAAGCUGCAAGCUGUAUAUCUUCCUGGUUCUCUGGAAAACACCAUGAGAAGCUGCAAUUGAGAGACUAUCUAGAUUCCUCCAUUGGAGAGAUCUUCUAUGAUACUGAGGAAGAUUUCUCGAGGGUUAACCUGAAAGAUGAUGAUGAAAACAUUUGCAUUGAUAACCGAUGUGGUGAAGAUACUUCUCUACACUGCAACACUAGCAGAUUUAGUGCACACACUGGGACUACGGAAAGUAGAACAAAUGAGCCGCACACUCCUCCCCUAACUGGACCGUAUAAGAGAAGAAAAGUAAUGAAGUGCAAUGGUGAUGGAUUCGAAGUUGAAGACUUAUUACGCAACUCUGAGAUUUGUGCUGAUUGUGAUAUUGCAGCCAAAGCUACCCAGUACCGUGAUGUCCUGAUUUUGUUUAGGUUCAAUGACCACAACCUCCCAUUUAAAUUAAGGCAAAUCAUAAUGUCUGAUCUGCGACUACUUACUCUACUAGAGGCUGGGCUUCCAUCUUGGGUAAUAUUCCUCCAAUCAUAUCCAGGAUUUUGCCAUCUGUAUCGCCCCUGGAUGUGCCCUCUUGUUCGGGCUUUAUAUGUGCUGAUCUCAGUUGUCACUGUUCUAAUAGGAUUUUAUGAUUUAUACAAAAAUGUCCCUGUUCUGAAAGCUACUGCUUCACGCUUGUGUGGGCCUCUUUUGGAUUGGAUAGAAACUUGGGAGAUGGUAUCAAGAAUCAAAUAUUUAGGGACAAUGCUGUUUCUGCACAACUUCCAGAAGGCUGUUCAAUGGUUUUUGACAAUUACACGUACCAUUCGAUCUUUUUUUUCAGUUGUUACAUUACCAAUGGCAGAACCUCUUAUGGAGGUUUUAAGCUUCAUUCUUCCGGUGUGGAAUGCACUUGUUCAAGUAGCAGAGAGUUCCUGUUCGGUUAUCUGGGUUAUGAUAGGCUCUGCUUGCAGUCUAAUUGGGGAUCUGAUGGAGAUUGUAUUGUUGCCGAUUUGGUUAAUCAUCAAAUUAAUAUGGAAAAUUGCAAAUUGUGUUUUGUAUCCAAUAUUUUGGAUGCUUUGGGAAAUACUCUAUGCGCCAAUUCGCCUGGUACUUGCACUAGCUAGUUUUGUGGCUUUCAUUUUCGCUGGCAUAUCUGAAUUGCUUGGAAAUAUAUGGGGGGCUGUAAGUAGCAUAUUCAAGCUUGCUUCAGCUUCAGAGGCUACGGUGAGCACAUAUGAAGUUUCCAUGUGGCGUUCUCUUUGGAAUGACCUGUUCUCCCAGGUUUUUCGUGCUGUCAGAAGCAUAUUAAAUGGUUUUGUUGCUUUCUUCAUGGCCUGCAACAGGCAUCGUCUCAGCAUUUAUAAUCAUAUACAGGAGUUCAUCCAAAGACUGUUUGGUCGAACUCAGGGAUCUGAACCCUCAAAUGAUAAACAUAAUAGAGUACCUCGUAAAGCUCGAAAUUUGUCAGAAAGAAGGAAACUACAUAUGAGGUGAGGUCCCAUCUUUUCAGAGGCGAAACCGUUUAUUCAGUUAAACAGAGAAUUGUGUUCCAGUAAAUAAUACCAAUGACUAAACUCGUACGGAAAAUGGAAAGAGCAGGUAUUCAACCGUGGAUUUUCCACGUUUUCUUCAAAAUUUUCUUUGGAAGAGCUUUAUUCUCUUGCUUCUUCAGUUCAUCGUUUUCCAUUUCUUCCUUCCCCUGUGCAGUGAUCAUCCGAGCUAAUUCACGAAUGUCAUUUUUGUUUGUUUUAUAGUUUUUAUGUAAAUAAAAUGUACAGGAAGCAAUUAGUUCAAAUUA